AUGGCUGGGGGACAACGAGAACAAUGGGGCAGUCAGGUGGAAUAUCUUUUGUCUUGCCUCGGAUACGCGGUUGGUAUAGGAAACAUUUGGAGAUUCCCUUAUUUAUGCUAUCGGAAUGGCGGAGGAGCAUUCCUUAUUCCAUAUUUUCUUACAUUAUUUAUAUGCGGUAUUCCACUGGUUUACUUAGAAACAACUCUGGGACAAUUUGCUAGUGCAGGAUGUGUUUCUGUAUUUAACCUAAAUCCACUCCUUAAAGGAGCCGGUUACGCAGCCAUUCUUUUGAACGUAAUAGCUAUAACAUACUUUGCGACUAUUAUGUCCUAUCCAGUUCUCUACAUCUAUCACUCAAUGAGCUCACCUUUGCCUUGGCAGAAUUGUGGUAAUUCCUGGAAUACCGACAAAUGUACCGAGAUAAGAAGUAAUUCCAGUUUUUUCACAUCAAACGGAUCAAUCACUACACCAGAGGAUGAAUUUUUUCACAUCCGCCUGCUACAAAUGUCUCCCAGCAUCAACCAGAUCGGUACAAUUGUAUGGCCUAUAUUCAUUUGUAAUGUAAUUUGUUGGAUUAUUGUGUACCUCAGCAUCUGCAAUGGUGUCAAGAGCGUUGGAAAGAUCGUUUACUUCACUGUGAUCUUUCCUUAUCUGGUUCUGACUGUAUUAUUCAUCCGUGGCGUCACGUUACCCGGUGCUUGGAAGGGUAUCAAAUUCUAUAUCAUACCGGAAUGGGAUCAUUUGAAAAAGCCGAAAGUAUGGGCAGAUGCGGCUACACAGCUGUUUUAUUCUUUGGGUCCAGGUUGGGGUGGUUUGCUGAGUAUGGCUAGUUUUAAUAAAUUCAACUAUAGAAACUUCAGGUCUUCUAUAAUAAUCCCGCUUGUGAAUAGUGGAACGAGUAUUUGGGGAGGUUUUGUGGUAUUCUCUGUUCUGGGAUUUGCAGCCGAUCGAGCAGGAGUACCCGUGGGUGAGGUGGCCACGGCAGGGCCUGGACUUGCAUAUGUCACUUACCCUGCGGCUGUCACUAUGAUGCCUGCUUCCAAUUUUUGGGCUGUUACCUUUUUUGUUAUGCUAUUCUUUCUCGGAAUAGAUUCAAUGUUCGUGACAAUAGAAGCUGUAAUUGCCGGUAUAUUAGAUGAAUUUCCGGUAUUGAGUUCUCGUAAAAAGCUUAUCACUUUUCUGACGUGUUUUGUGCUUUUCUUACUGUCCAUCAUCUGCAAUACUGAGGGUGGUCUUCACGUAAUAUCUCUCCUGGACUCCCACGUUGCGCUGGCGUGCGUGCCCAUUGUUUGUGGUCUUGAGAUCUUUGCUGCAUUGUACACUUACGGACCAAAGAGGCUUUCUGCUGAUGUGUUAUUUAUGACUGGACAACCACUGGGACGCUUAUGGAUAAUAUUGUGGAGAUAUAUCGUGCCUAUGAUAUUAGUGAUUAUUGUAGUAUACUCGUUAAAAGAGGUCUCAGGGUUACCUGGAUGGUUCGUAGCUCUCAUCUCACUCGUCUGCAUUCCAAUUCACGCAAUCAAAAUGCUUUACAAUUCUAAGGGUUCAUUUCUACAGCGUAUUCGCGACAACUGUAUACCGAACAGCAUGUGGGGUCCAGCGGAAGCUGAUAUUCGCCAACGCUGGGAAGAAAUGAACAAACAAUUUCAAAGUACAGAUGUGAAACUCAAUGACAUCGAAAAAUAUUAA